CUCGAUAAUUGUGUCACUUCGCCACUUGCAAGCUCCCACCCCUCGUGCCACCCCCUUGUCCCUCCUUCCCUUUUCGCGCGUCUUUGCCGCGCGUCGCCUCCCUCUCUUUCCCUCCCUGUCCAGCUCUCUCCCCUCCCUCACCGGCCGUCGCUGUUGACCCAUGUCCACCUCCUCGGGCCGAUCGGGACCGCGGCGGCGGGCGCCCACCGCGCAAGGCCACCCGACGGGCCCCAAUGUCUCUGCUCCCCUCCGGACCGCCUCCGCUGCCGGGGCCGGCCCCGCUGCCAGGCGGUCGCGGCCCAAAGCCCCCAACGAUGCGCCUCCCACCGCGGCCACGCUCUUCCCCGGGAUUGCGGCCAAGCUCCACGUGUACGGGCUUUCGGCGUCGCUCCUCUGCUUGGCCUGCAUCCACUUGAGCUCGUACUACUUCAACCGCGGGCGUGACCUGGCCGCCGGGCAGCCGCCCUACGACCCGCUGUCCUCGCUCGGCAUCAAUGGCCCGCUGGUGUCCAUCGACCUGUGGAGUUUCCUCCAUGUUCUGUGGUUCGCGGUCUGUGGCUUCCUCUACCCCGGCCGCAUGGGGACCCUGAUGAUGUAUGGCAUCCUGUGGGAGGUGGUCGAGUGGCUGAUGGGCGGCCUGAUCGACCAGUUUUGGCGCGAGCGCGUGGUCAAUCUCCUCUGGGACCUGUGGUUCAACCUGCUCGGGUAUCGCCUCGGGGAGUAUGCUCUGAUCGCGGUGCUCGAGCGCCUCGGGCGCCGCGAAGUGAUCGAGGAGGGAGACGAUGCUGGCCCGGCCACGCCGGGUCACACCCGGGCGGACUAGUUUUGUUCGACUUUUGUGCUACUCCCCCUUCUCCCGGCCUCCCCCGCCCCCCCCUGUAUCCGGCGCCGCUCUUGCGUGGGCCCCCUCACCCUCCGCCCCUUUCAUGGCGGCCAUAGAGAUUUGGUA